CCAAGAAAAUGUCAAAGGAAGCUGAGAUGUCGAUCGCUGUAUCGGCGUUGUUCCCUGGAUUCAAAUUCUCUCCCACCGAUGUCGAACUCAUUUCUUAUUACCUACGCCGUAAAAUUGAUGGCGACGAAGACUCAGUCGCCGUCAUCGCAGAGGCCGAGAUUUACAAGUUCGAACCGUGGGACUUGCCAGAGGAAUCAAAACUGAAAUCGGAGAACGAGUGGUUCUACUUCUGCGCAAGGGGAAGGAAAUAUCCACACGGGUCACAAAGCCGGCGAGCCACACAACUUGGUUACUGGAAAGCUACUGGUAAAGAGAGAAGCGUGAAAUCGGGGAACCAAAUUGUAGGAACCAAGAGAACACUUGUUUUUCACAUUGGUCGGGCUCCUCGGGGUGAGCGAACCGAGUGGAUUAUGCACGAAUAUUGUAUUCAUAACGCACCACAGGACGCAUUAGUGGUAUGCCGAUUAAGAAAAAAUACCGAUUUUCGAGCUUGUUCGAACCAAAGACCAAUGGAUAAUGGUCAUGUUCAAACUGAUGAGUACGUUGACCAAACUAGUGGUUUGGAGACGGAGGAGAAAUCUUUUUCGGUUUAUGAACCUGAGCUUCAGAUAUCAAAUGGUGACAUUGCAGAAUCAUCAAAUGCUGUUGAGGAUCGUGCCAACACCGAUGAUGAUUGCUAUGCAGAGAUUUUGAACGAUGAUAUAAUAAAACUUGAUGAGGAGGCAGACUGUAGUAUAAGGAAAGAAUCAAAGCAAACAAUGAACUGUAAUUACGCUUUGUUCAGGAUGAAGAACGUUGCUACGGGAACCGCCUCCACGGACUGGAGAAUCCCAAAUCCAUUCCACAUGAAGAAAGAUGAUAGCCAGAGAUUGAUAAAGAACAUUCUAGCUACUACUGCUUUCUUGACUAUCUUAAUUUCUGUCUUUUUCACUAUGUUAACAACUAGGGACUAUAGUUAGUUAUGUGUUAUGUCUUCUUCUGACUCGCACUUAUUUGUACUACAAAACCUUAAUACAUGGAUAGAGUAAC